UCCACAUUGACUUUCUUCACACCUCUCUCCUUUUUUUAAGAACAUCUCCUUUCCCUUUGACUCGUUCUCUGGCUUCUUCUCAGGACUCAACUCGACAAAUUCCCGUCUUAGGGUUUUCGAUUCUUUAGAGAGCGUUUCAAUUGUUCUGUAUUUGCAGGUUUUCCUAAUGAGGAUUUUUGGUGGAUUUCGCAUCCAAUCAGAUAAAAGUUAGGGCUUAUGUGAAUGGCUGAGAAUAGAAGAUACAUUACCAAUCAACAUUUAGACCUAGAUCAGAUCUUGCAAGAAGCACAAUACCGCUGGCUUCGUCCAGUUGAAAUUUGUAAAAUACUUCAGAACUACCAGAGGUUCCAGUUGACUCAUGAUCCACCUGACCGGCCAGCAGGUGGUUCUUUAUUCUUAUUUGACAGAAAGGUGCUUCGUUAUUUUCGUAAAGAUGGUCACUGCUGGAGGAAGAAAAAAGAUGGGAAAACUGUCAAAGAAGCCCACGAAAAGUUGAAGACUGGAAGUGUGGACGUGCUCCAUUGUUACUAUGCCCACGGGGAGGACAAUGAGUACUUUCAGCGACGAUGUUAUUGGAUGCUUGAUGGGCUGUUAGAGCACAUUGUACUUGUGCAUUACAGAGAUGUCAAAGAGAAAUCAUCUAGUGGCUCACGUUUGUUGGCAGAUCCAGAUUCUCAUCUUGAAAGCCCUCAAACAAGCUCUGGCCCUUGCUUUUCUCAGGCAGCCCCUCCUACAAUGGUUCCUACAUCUUUUGUGUCAAGUUCCAAUAGAGUUGAUUGGAAUGAGCAUACAUUAGCUGCAGAGUUUGAAGAUGUUAAUUCUGGGGAUGACUUUGGGACGUAUGCAAUUGAGACCUACUUCACAACUGGAAUGGACAAACACUAUCUUCAUUCUUCCAGAUUGGUCCCACCUCCAUCUUUUGUGGCUUUCAAAACCUCAAGCGGACAUGUUAAUGGUUUGCCAGACCAGAGAGUUUUUGCCGAAAAGCCUAGUGCUGCUGACUUUUUUACUCCUAGACUAACAGAUGCUAGAUCGGUUGAUGACAGCCCUAUUCGGAGUAGUGUGGCUUCUCGAGAUAGUUUGAUCACUGACAUAGGAGGUGCCCAGGAACUGACAACUGCUUCACAAAGAGGACAGGUGUCAGUGGAGCAUGGUUUUAACAUGUUAAAUCCUCCUGUCGAUGAUUAUUUUUCUCCAGAAAGAGAACUCCGUUAUACUAAUUGCGGCAAUGGUGGUGUAAAUGGUAAAGAAUUGGGAAAGCUAAAGAAACUUGACAGUUUUGGGAGAUGGAUGGAUCAAGAAAUUGGUGGAGACUUUGAUGAUUCAUUGAUGGCUUCUGACUCUGGCAAUUAUUGGAAAACACUCGAUCCUGUGAAUGGAGACAAGGAAGUUUCCAGCUUAUCACAAAUUAUGCAAUUAGAUACUAGCUCAAUGGACCCUUCCCUUUCCCAAGAACAGUUGUUCAGUAUUAGUGAUUUCUCCCCAGAUUGGGCUUUUUCGGGAGUUGAAACAAAGGUUUUAAUUGUUGGUACAUUCCUGGGAAGCAAGAAGCUUUCAAAUGGAACUAAGUGGGGCUGUAUGUUUGGUGAAAUUGAAGUGUUGGCUGAAGUUUUAACUGAUAAUGCCAUUCGAUGUCAUGCUCCUUCACAUGCUCCUGGGCGUGUUUCAUUCUACAUCACCUGCAGGAACAGGCUAGCUUGCAGUGAGGUGAGGUACUUUGAAUAUCGUGAUGUUCCACUGGCCUCUGUUCCUAUUAAAACUGUUCUGGAGGAGGAAGUGCAAUUGCAAAUGUGUCUAGCAAAAUUGUUAAAUUUGAGCCCAGAGCAAAAGUUGUUUAUUUGCUCUAAUAUGGAAUGUGAGGAAUGUAGGCUGAAGAACAGUAUAUGUUCAAUGAUGAAUGAUUGUGAAAAAGAUUUGGGAACAGUUGAAGAGACUUUUAAUUCUUUGGAGUUUGAUGGUGAGCGCUUGAGCUCCAGAGAUAAGUUGAUCCAGAAUUUGCUAAAGGACAAACUCUGUGAGUGGCUACUAUGUAAAGUUCAUGAUGGGAAUAAAGCUUUGCGAGUUAUGGAUGAUGAAGGCCAAGGAGUUAUACACCUUGCAGCUGCUCUUGGUUAUGAAUGGGCCAUGGGCCUUUUUGCUGCUGCCAACAUAAAUCCCAAUUUCAGAGAUGCAAAAGGAAGAACAGCACUUCACUGGGCUGCAUUGUUUGGGAGAGAGGGAACAGUCAUUGAACUUGUGAGAUUGGGUGCAGAUCCAAUGACUGUUACGGAUCCAACACCCUUGUCUCCUGGAGGACAAUGUGCGGCUGACUUGGCAUCAAGUAGAGGACAUAAAGGGAUUGCAGGAUACUUGGCGGAAGCAUAUUUAACCCGUCAACUUUCUUCCCUAUCUGUCAACCAUAAUGUGGAUGAUAGGGGACUCGAAGAGAAGCUUUCAGCAAAAGAGCCUCUGGCUGCUGUUAGAAGAUCAACUCAAAGAGUGGCAUUAAUUCAACAAGCUUAUAAUGCUUAUUCAUUCAGUGAAAGAAAAGUGGCUAAGAUCAGUGAUGAGGCAUUGGAAGUCUCUCUUGACCUAGCUGCUCUCGGCUCUUUAAACAAGGUCCAAAAGAUAAGCCAUUAUCAGGAUUAUUUAUGCUCUGCGGCUCUAAAGAUCCAGCAGAAAUAUCGUGGCUGGAAGGGAAGAAAAGACUUCUUGAAGAUCCGCAAUCGAAUAGUGAAAAUUCAGGCUCACGUCAGGGGACAUCAAGUUCGUAAGCAAUAUAUGAAGGUCAUUUGGUCGGUUAGUAUUGUGGAAAAGGCAAUAUUGCGUUGGAGAAGGAAAGGAGCUGGACUGCGAGGAUUCAAGGUGGAGAAAAGAAUUGGAGAUGUGCUAUCAAAGAGUGAUAAGAGCGAUGAAUAUGAUUUUCUGCGGAUCAGCCGCAGACAGAAAUUUGCUGGAGUUGAAAAAGCCCUUGCAAGAGUGAAGUCAAUGGUUCGUUCGGCAGAAGGGCGUGAUCAGUAUAUGAGGCUAGUCACAAGAUUUGAGAAUAUGAAGAUGUAUGAUGAGAGCAGCAGUGCAUCUCAGCAAGGUGAAAAUGUGCAGGAGGUUAAAACAGAGAAAGAUUUUAAUGAAAUUUAGCCGACAAAUGAUGUAGUUUUUGUUCAAUUGGAUGAUUCUGGCUGUCCAUAUGGUUCAUUUUGGUCUUCACCAAGUCUAAUCCGUUUCUGUAACUAUCAACCAACUUAUUACACUGAAUCAUGUUUUUGUCAACUAAGUUUAGGAUAAUAGAGAAAAGAUUAGAUAGACGAUUGUAUUUUUGUACAUUUGGUUUUGCUUCACUUGCUAACGUUAGUCAAUUUUCUUAUAUAUGCAACUGUAUAGAAGCAGGAAUGACUUUCGAUCAUUAACAUCGAGAUAGCUUGUUUGGUAUUGUUUGUUUCGUUUCUUCUAGUUGGGUAACAUUUUCAUUUCUUUUGGGUAGAUAUGAACCCUGGCAAAAAGAAUCCGCUGUGGACUUGUAUAUCAGAUUGGAAGCAAUUGCUCACCUCUGCUUCUCUUUUUUUUCUCCCCCGGUAGAAGAAAUAUACAGCAAUUGCUGUGCC